AUGCAUUUCAAGCGAGCCAUCCUGGGUGUGGCCACCUCCGUGGCCCUUGCCAGCGCAGCAAAGCACCAGCUGUUCGUGGGUAGCUUCAGUACCAAGUUUCUCUACACGCUGGAGUAUGAUGAUUCCCUCCAGACGCUUGGGCUGGCUGAAACUAUUCCCGUGAAUUCAGCCAGCUCCUGGAUUGCUUUGAGCUACGACAAGAAGAACCUGUAUGCCACAGACUGGGAGGCGGUCGUACCCUCGUUCGUUAGCUACAGCGUCGAUGACGCUCGCACGAUCACGUACGAGAGAAGGAUCUCUGGGGACAUGAGCUGUUCGGACAGCAAGAGCAUCUUCAUCACGGCUAACCCCAACACGCCCUACACGGUCUACGGCAACUUCUUCUACGGGAACGCGAAGUGCGGCUCCGUGAUGUCGGUUAGUGCCAACGGAUCGCUUAGUAGCGUAAUUCAGGGCUUCAACUAUGCCGACGGAUCGGCCGUCCACGGGACCGCAAUCAGCCCCAACUCGCAAUACCUCUACUCGGCGGACCACGGUACCAACUCGAUCUGGGUCCACAGGAUGGACGAUAUCGACGGCACGCUCAAGUACCUGUCGCAGUCUGUCAUGCCGACCGAAAAUGCCAAACCCCGCCACGUGGUUGCUCACCCCGAGGGAAAAUAUAUCUACGCCGUUAUGGAGGGGACGAGCGAGGUGGUUCAGUUCUCGACCAGCCAUCUCAACAAUUUGACUGCUCUCCAGGACAAAUUCUCCCUGAUCAAGGAAGGCGAGGACCCGUCCGACUUCUGGGCCGACGAGAUCGCGCUCUCGGCUAACAACCUGUACCUGUGGGCUAGCAACCGCGCGCACGACUCUGGCCGCAAGGGAUACAUUUCGGCCUUCCAGGUCGGCGAGGACGGUCACAUCACGCAGCAGUACUUUCUCACAGAGACGACCUCGAGCGGCGGCUUUGCCAACGCCGUGGCCCCUAGCCUAUUCGACGACAGGGUCGUCGCCAUCACCGACAACACGACCGGCUUCGUCGAGGUGUGGAAAAUGAAUGGGGAAAACACCCAGGCCGUUCCGGUCGCGCACUUGGAUAUCAAAGACGGGGGCGGCUGCUGCGCCAACGCUGUCUGGUACUCGUAA